GAGACUAGACCCCAGCAGGUCGAUCAUCCACAUGACGCUUCAAUGAAUCCACUUUGAUUGAAUGUACGCUAUUUUCUGCCAAAUAUGAAAAUAUCGGUACAUCCUGAAAAGUUUGAAUUGAGGUGGUUGGAAGUUAAAUUGAACAGGAACACCCCUGAAGAGAGCGAAUAUUCCAGAGACCACAGGGUGUUCUUUGUUACGGUUGAUCGGCACUGUAGAUGCCAGUGAGCGUUUCCGCAUCGACCAACCGACCUCAUUGCGGGAGAAUGAAUAACGCAAAAUGUAGCAUAUUAAAUCAAAUACCAAGGAGACGAACACGGAUUAUACAAUGUAUCUAUGUGGUGGGGUUCAUGGACCUGUUUGGGGUGAGCAUGAUCAUUCCCCUGCUGAGUCACCAUGUCAAGGCCCUGGGGGCCAGCCCGACCGUGGCAGGCUUAGUAGGCUCCACAUAUGGGAUCCUACAACUCUUCUCUAGCACUAUAGUUGGCAGCUGGAGUGACGUGGUGGGGAGGCGGUACUCUAUGCUGAUGUGUCUGCUGCUGAGUGCUCUGGGCUACGGCCUGCUGGGGAUGUCCACCAGCAUCGCCCUGUUUCUCCUGGCUAGGAUCCCUGUGGGGCUGUUCAAGCACUCCCUGUCCAUCUGCCGGGCCCUGCUGUCUGAUCUGGUGUCUGAGGUGGAGCGCCCCCUAGUGAUGGGACACUUCAACGUGGCCUCCAGCAUGGGCUUCAUCUUGGGACCCGUGGUGGGGGGCUACCUCACUGAACAUGAGGGAGGCUUCUACACCUCAUCCUUCACCUGUGCCGCCAUCUUCCUCCUCAACACAGGUCUGGUUUGGCUGCUUCCCUGGAGCGAUGCACUAACCCCACGCACCGAUGCUAACUCCAACAGCAGCGCUAGCAAUGCCAGCUGCCACGACAACGACAACCACUUCACCUCAACACAGCAAAACUGCUCCCAUGGCAACAGCAACAACCAAACUACAGCGUCGGCGGUCACGGGAUCGGUGGCUCCAGAGAAGAACCAGAGAAGCUGGGACCUGGACUGGGGGGAGGUGUCCCUGCUCCCUUCAGCCUGGCGUCAGCUCUCUUCGGUGGGCUCCAAGAUUAACAGUGUGGCCUCCUCGGACAUGUGGGACCUGUUCUUGGUGCGUCUGCUCAUGGCCAUGGCCAUAAUGCUGUACUACAGUAACUUCUCCCUGGCCAUGGAAGAGCGCUUCAUGCUAAAGCCCAAGGCCACAGGUUAUCUAAUCAGCUACAGCUCUACCCUGGGGGCCCUAGCCGGGUUCUUGGUGGGGCCCAUCACUAAACUGUACAGUAACAACAUGCCGGCGCUGUUGCUACACUCUUCGGUCCUCACGUGUUGCCUGAUCCUGCUCUAUGCCGCAGCGGCCAGUGUCUGGUAUGUGUUGUUAAGUUCCACUUUCAUCGCCAUCUCUACGACCAUCGGACGCACCUGCAUCACUGACCUGGUACUGCAGAAAGGGGGCGCUCACGCCAGCGGCACACUCAUCGGGGCGGGGCAGUCAGUGACCGCGGUGGGCCGCGUGCUCGCCCCCCUGCUCUCGGGGCUGGCCCAGGAGUUUAGUCCCUGUGGGCCCCCGAUUCUGGGGGUAGGGCUGGCGUUAGCGGCCAUCGUCCUGCUGAUGGUCAGGGUGACAAAAUGGGACGGGAGGGGCAAGAGAAAAGAGGCAAGAGAAAAGAGGCAUAACUUGAGUCACACACAGUGAGAGAGUGAACGAAUGAGAGAGGAAGUGAGAUAAAAACUACCACAGCACUGGAGACAGAACUGAUGCAGAACUGUUGGGGUUGUUUUUUGUUGACGUGUCAGCUGGGUGUUGUUUCAUUGUUUGUUUUUUUAGCUGUCGAUGACAGAGCCACAACUCUAGCUCUGUUGGUUGGGUCUCGAUGUGAUGACAUCACAGCACCGAUUGGACCCGGGUCAUCAUCAGCAUCGCUCUUCCCCCCCCCCUUCAGUCCCCAAACAGAACGGGUCAUCAUCAGCAUCGCUCUUCCCCCCCCCCUUCAGUCCCCAAACAGAACGGGUCAUCAUCAGCAUGGCUCUUCCCCCCCCUUCAGUCCCCAAACAGAACGGGUCAUCAUCAGCAUCGCUCUUCCCCCCCUUCAGUCCCCAAACAGAACGGGUCAUCAUCAGCAUCGCUCUUCCCCCCCUUCAGUCCCCAAACAGAACGGGUCAUCAUCAGCAUCGCUCUUCCCCCCCUUCAGUCCCCAAACAGAACGGGUCAUCAUCAGCAUCGCUCUUCCCCCCCUUCAGUCCCCAAACAGAACGGGUCAUCAUCAGCAUCGCUCUUCCCCCCCUUCAGUCCCCAAACAGAACGGGUCAUCAUCAGCAUCGCUCUUCCCCCCCUUCAGUCCCCAAACAGAACGGGUCAUCAUCAGCAUCGCUCUUCCCCCCUUCAGUCCCCAAACAGAACGGGUCAUCAUCAGCAUGGCUCUUCCCCCCCCUUCAGUCCCCAAACAGAACGGGUCAUCAUCAGCAUCGCUCUUCCCCCCCUUCAGUCCCCAAACAGAACGGGUCAUCAUCAGCAUCGCUCUUCCCCCCCUUCAGUCCCCAAACAGAACGGGUCAUCAUCAGCAUCGCUCUUCCCCCCCUUCAGUCCCCAAACAGAACGGGUCAUCAUCAGCAUGGCUGUUCGUCACUUCAGUCCCCCAAACAGAACGGGUCAUCAUCAGCAUGGCUGUUCCCCCCCUUCAGUCCCCCAAACAGAACGGGUCAUCAUCAGCAUCGCUCUUCCCCCCCUUCAGUCCCCAAACAGAACGGGUCAUCAUCAGCAUCGCUCUUCCCCCCCUUCAGUCCCCAAACAGAACGGGUCAUCAUCAGCAUGGCUCUUCCCCCCCUUCAGUCCCCAAACAGAACGGGUCAUCAUCAGCAUCGCUCUUCCCCCCCUUCAGUCCCCAAACAGAACAGGUCAUCAUCAGCAUCGCUCUUCCCCCCCUUCAGUUCCCCAAACAGAACGGGUCAUCAUCAGCAUGGCUGUUCCCCACUUCAGUCCCCAAACAGAACAGGUCAUCAUCAGCAUGGCUCUUCCCCCCCUUCAGUUCCCCAAACAGAACGGGUCAUCAUCAGCAUCGCUCUUCCCCCCCUUCAGUCCCCAAACAGAACAGGUCAUCAUCAGCAUCGCUCUUCCCCCCCUUCAGUCCCCAAACAGAACGGGUCAUCAUCAGCAUCGCUCUUCCCCCCCUUCAGUCCCCAAACAGAACGGGUCAUCAUCAGCAUCGCUCUUCCCCCCCUUCAGUCCCCCAAACAGAACGGGUCAUCAUCAGCAUCGCUCUUCCCCCCCUUCAGUCCCCCAAACAGAACGGGUCAUCAUCAGCAUCGCUCUCCCCCCCUUCAGUCCCCAAACAGAACGGGUCAUCAUCAGCAUCGCUCUUCCCCCCCCUUCAGUCCCCCAAACAGAACGGGUCAUCAUCAGCAUCGCUCUUCCCCCCCUUCAGUCCCCCAAACAGAACGGGUCAUCAUCAGCAUCGCUCUCCCCCCCUUCAGUUCCCCAAACAGAACGGGUCAUCAUCAGCAUCGCUCUUCCCCCCCUUCAGUCCCCCAAACAGAACGGGUCAUCAUCAGCAUCGCUCUUCCCCCCCUUCAGUCCCCCAAACAGAACGGGUCAUCAUCAGCAUCGCUCUUCCCCCCCUUCAGUCCCCCAAACAGAACGGGUCAUCAUCAGCAUCGCUCUUCCCCCCCUUCAGUCCCCAAACAGAACUGGUCAUCAUCAGCAUCGCUCUUCCCCCCCUUCAGUCCCCAAACAGAACGGGUCAUCAUCAGCAUGGCUCUUCCCCCCCCCUUCAGUCCCCAAACAGAACGGGUCAUCAUCAGCAUGGCUGUUCCCCACUUCAGUCCCCCAAACAGGGUGAAUGCAAAAAGUUCAGUGUUGCCAAGGCGACCGUGAACAAAGCCAGCAACCCUCUGUAAAAGGCAUGGGAAGGUGUCCAUGCUAAGUUAGCUUAGCGUAGGUCAACAACAUGUCAGUGGCUCAUUAGGUUCUUAUAGCCUAGAAAUAUUCAAAUGUUUUUGUCUCUAGUGAGAGGCAAUAAUUCAAUUAAAAACAACAACAUAUAAGCCUAAUGUUACUCUAAUGGAAUCCUGCUCUUCCUUAAUAACCACUACAAAUAGUCCAGGAAAGUAUUGGUACUGAAAAUGCUCAUUUCUCCAAAUGCUCUGUUUCUGACCUAUCUUAUGAGGGUGGGCAGCAGGUGAAGGGGCUCCUCUUUCCUCUCUGGCGCCACAUUCUAUUUUCUCUCCCUUCUCACCAAAGUGUGCACUCCGUCACCCUCCUCUAAGAGUUGAACAUAUAUGGAUUAGUGUGAAUACAUCCACACCAAUCCAGUGCUUUUGAACCCUUUUGGGUGAGUGAUCUAGUACACUGGGGAACGGAUCAAGAACCUUAACUGAGCUUGAGUACUGGUUGUCCACAGGCACAUAUCUAGGAUUCAUUUACCCUUCCUAAAUCCUAACCCUAACCACGCGGGGGGAAGUAAAACAUUUUCCAAGGAUCUUAGGUCAGUGUCUGUGGAUAACGCCAUCCUACUUCCUUUUAACCACUAAGGUAUCAGGGCCUUUUCAAUGGAAAUGUUUACUUUUAUAAAAAUAUUUUGUUUAUUUUCAUUUUAUAUUAUUUUCCCUUAUUCUACAUUGUCCAUAUUGAGUUUAUUCCAAUUCAUAAAUGUACUGUUAAUUAUUAUUUUGAGAUGAAUUCUAUUAUUUUGAAUGGAGUUGCCCUUACACUGACCCAAAUGCUACUGAAUGUUAUGAAGACAAUUAUUGUACUGAAUGAUUCAUAUGAAAGAAGUAAAGAUCAUUUGACAAUACAAUAAGUAUAUUUCUAAACAUGUGAAUGUUCUUGAAUGUAAAUGUCAGUUCCAUAACUUCAGUUUUAUAUUUUUUGAUUUGAUGAUGAAUGACUGAUAGUCUGUGAGAUUUCUUUCUCCUACAAGGUGUUUUUUGCUCUGUUGCUAAUGCUGAGUUCAUGACAUCUCAUAAAUUCAUAAAUAUGAGCAUAUGACUGGAGAAAAUCUACUUGAACGCCCCUCCAACUAGUAAUUACUAGUGUCAAACUCGUCUAUCAUCCCUGAACUCCGACUUCUCCCACAUGUUGAACUCUGACGUCACCUACUAAGGAAAUUACCUCGAUAGCAUUUUCAGCAGUUAUAUACAACACAAAAAAAUACAAUAAACCAACUCUAUUUAUAUAUAUUAUUUUAACACUAUAACUUGAUUACAAGCAUGAUAGCUGUACUUUUCGUUUAUCGUUGUAGCAGCUUGUUUGCCAUUAGCCAAUCUGCUUUCUUAAAGUGUUCAAAGCAUGUUGCUCCAGGUUUACCAGUAGUAUUUUCCAAGUUUUUCAUGAGUUUAGCAUCAGACCUUAAACACAGAUCCAUCUCUGCAAUACAGCAGCUAGAACGACUAUUUUGUCAAGAAAUAAAGUGGCAUUUCAACAUUA